AUGUCGGAAGAAUCUAAUUCAAUACUAACAACAAUUAAGUAUUACAAAAGUAUUUUAAAAUUUCCAUCUUUUUCAAAAUAAUAUUCAGAAUUAGAUGAGAGUUAAGAAUAAAAUGAACUUUUUUUUUGUAAUUCUAAACAAAGAAAGGAGGAAAGCUUAAGACUUUUAAGAGAUUGGGCUUAGAAUAGGAUGGAAUUAUUUGAAAAGAAUAGAGAAAUUAUUGAAGAAUUAGAAAGCUCAUGUGAUUAGAGAAUACGAUUAUCAGUAGAUUUUCUCUAAAUAGUUUACAAAUUUUUUAAUGAGAAAUAUUUUCAUGAGCAAUAAUAUGCUUAAUUUUUAAUUACAAAACCUUAACCAGCAUUAAAAUAGAAUCUAUUAAAUUAAUAAUUAUAUUCUGCAAUUGGAACUUCAAUAUCAACAUUUGAAGAAUACAAUUUAAAAAGAUUGGAAAAGAUAGCAAAUUUUGCCCACACAAUUUAAACACAAAUUUUAAAAGCUUAAUCAUUUCUAGAUUUAAGUGAUAUGGAUAGAUAAUUAGAUUUAAUUUUAAGUUCAAUAAUCACAUAGAAGAGAUUGCUUUAAACUUACAUAAAAUCAGCAGGUUAGAAAUUAAAUUUAAUAAUUUAAUAAUUUCCACAACAUUAAUCAUCUUAAAAAUAGAGAAAACCAAUAUUUAAUGAUUAAUAAUAAUAGCCAUAGUAAAGUAGAACUGAUAAAAUAUUAUAGAAUAUCUCUGCAUUAGGAACUUUAUUAGUUGGAGCAUCAUCUUUAUAAGAUCCAGUUGAAAUGGAACUUAAUUAAUAGAUGAAAGAUUAAGAAAGAUAAAUAAGGGAAUAAUAGUUAAAAGAGGAAUAAAGUUUGAGUAAUGGAAAUGAAUUAUAAUAGGAAAAAUAACAAAAGGAAGAAUAAUAAUAAGAAACAUAAACAAAUAAGCAAGAGGGAUAAGAAGAUAUAUAAUAGAAAGUAGAGAAUUUGGAAUAAUUAAAAGAAAAUUAAAUAGAAUAAAAGAUUGAAUAAGAAUUAUAAUAGGAGAAAUUAACAUAGAAAUAAACUGAAUCUUUAAGUGGUGCAGAAUAUUAUAAAUAAAAAUAAUUAUUAAAAGAACGAUAGCAAUAAGAGGAAAAUAAACUUAGUACUAAAAAUUAUUAAUCUCAAAAUUAACCAAAUAUUUAAUUAUAAAAUAAUUAUGAGGAUGAUGGAAGAAAAGUAACUAAUCAACCAAAUGAUCUUUAUAGACUCAUCAUCAGCUUUGUAGCAACUUAAUAGUAUACAAACAAAUUAUUAAAUUAAUUAUCUGAAAAAGUAUUAUAAUAUUGGAAAUAAGUAUAUCUAAUUAAAAUAUUUAUUAGAUUGCUGCUAUAGAAUUAAAGCGUGCAUAAUGGGCUAAAGAUUCAUGUUUGAUCUAUAAAAAGGGAAUGUAAGAAGUCCAUAAUUUACAGGUAGAAUUACCUGAAUUAACUAUUGAUGUUGAUUAACAUUACAACAUUAAGAAAUUAUUGCCUAAAGAAAUUGCAUAGUUUGAUGAUAAUCAUUAAGAUGAAUUCAUUUCAACAUUAGUUAUUAAAGAAAUUGGAUGUUAAGCAGCAAGAUUGUUACUAGUUAAAGAAUUUAAAGUCCAUGUUAUUGAUAAAAAUAAUGAAUUACAAGCAAUUUUAAUUUUAACUAUAGAUAAAUAUGUUGGAUGUUGGCUAAAACAUGAUUAUACAAUGGAAGGUAAUCAUUUAUUCAUUUUAGCCGUCGAUAAUCCAGUUCUUCAUUAUCCUAUUAGUGGCAUGGCUAUAUAGAAAGUUAAUGAAUUAAUAUUAGAUAUUAUGCCUUCGAGACAUUUAUUGUUUUUGAAUGUAAAACUUAAAUAUUUAUUCUAAGAUUGCAAAUGAUAGAUAAAAAAAUAAAAUUAAGUUUCAAACAGCUGAUGACAUGGAAGAAUUCUUUACAAUUUCAUAAGCAAAAGUCUGA